AUGUACCGCACCCAGCACAAUGGGGUCCUGGUUUCUGACUGGGGCUCUCGGGUGCUAUGGCCCUCCAUUGCCCUCAGCCCGCUCCCACGGGAGCCGUCCCCGGGCCUCAGCCGGUAUGGGGACCUCUGUAAUGACUGGCGGGGGGGGCAGCACGUGGAGAGCGGCCCUAGGAGCGUGGCGGAGGAGAACGCCCGGCUGCAGGAGCUCAUCGCGGAGGAGCUGGCGCAGGCCGAGCGCUGGCAGGGGCACUACGAGGGGCUGCUGGGGCACCAGGCCCGGCUCCACGCCCUGCUGCAGGCCCAGAGCCUGGAGUCUCUGGAGCAGGCAGCCCGGGCGCUGCGGGACGAGCUGGAGGAGGCUCAGGGGGCCUUGCGGGAGCAGCAAGAGCAGAGUCGCCGGCGCCACGUCCACCAGCGGGAGAAAGAAAACCAGAGAUUGGCUGAGAUCAUCCAGGAGCUGGAGGGAAAGAGGCAACUGUGGGACAUGGAGGCCAAACACCAGGCCAAGGCUGACAGGAUCCGGGAGAAGCAGCGACACAUGGAAGAGCUGAGCGGGACCAUCCACGGACUUGCUCGAAGGACCCAGGUCCUGCACGGGAACAUCAGCUGCUGGGGCGAUCGGGUGCUGGAGGCUCGGCAGGAGGCAGAGCUCUUCCAGAGGGAGGCGCUAUACGGACCCCUGGGGACCCCGCCCUGCAGCCUCCUGUGGGAGGAGAGAGUGCGUGACCAGACGGAGAAGCUGUUGUGUCAGGAGUCGGGGGCCUCAGGGCCAAGGGGGCGACUCCCCCCCAGGCUGCGGCUGGCCGGGCAGCUGUUCUGGGCCCUGGCCAAGGGCCUGUUCCUGGCCCUGCUGGGCCCCCUGGUGCUGGGCCCCCUCCGCGCCCUGCUGUCGUGCCUGCCCCCCGUCUGCCGGGCCCUGGCUCUACGUGUGCCCCAAGGAGACGCUGCCCCCCUGAGCCACGUGGGGCUGAACCCCAACCGCUAA